UAAUGUUUUGCGGUCUGUUUACUUGGUGACGCUCUCUCUCUCUCUCUCUCUCCCUUUCACACUCUCUCUCACACCCGUUAGGUGCCAUGCUGUUUGUUUUAUCGUCUGGCUAAUCUAAUUUUUUGAUCCGAGGUGCUUUUUCCAAGUAGGAUUAGCAGCAGGUAGUGGUGGGGAUUGGUGUGCUCUUGUGGUGACACAAAAAAAAAGCGCGUAUGCCUCUUCAUAUGACUCCGCCGCUUAAGGAGUGAAGGCAGCAAGCAAGCCUUACACACACACACACACACACAGACACACACACACACACACACACACACACACAAACAUACACAUACCUACGUGCGCUCGGCUCAUAAUCCAUGGCUGGAUUUUAUGUGAACUCUUCUUUUCUCAUCUAUUCCUUUCAGUUUUUUUAAUCGCUGUGCUUUCCAGAAUGUUAUCUCCAAUAACAGAUAGUAGGUAAUGGUACACAAUGACAGAUAGCAGGUAAUGUUACACAAUAAUAGUUAUGAGACUAUCUAAUAAGGGUAAUAAUGGCUCAUGAUCUCCCUCCUCCUUUUCUCUUUUUAUCUACCCAUCAGGUCUCACCCCCAGAGACUCUCCAGGGCUCUGCUUGGCAGCACCCCACUGCCCCUGCUUCUUCUCCCCCGCCUCCCCCAGCGCAGAGGCCAGAGCUCUCCCCCCCCCCUCCUCCCCCCCCAACCCCAAUCCCAUCCCUAACCCCCUUGCCCCUCUCCCUGACCCCCCCAGCCCCGGUGAGGUUGCCCCCGCCCGGCCGCCACCACGUCUGCGGAGUGGGUGCAGGCCCCCUCACCGGGGGCCACCAGUGAGGAGCUGUCGGAGCCCCUGGACAAGCCCCUCGAGAACGACGCGGAGGGCGUGUGGAGCCCCGACAUCGAGCAGAGCUUCCAGGAAGCCCUGGCCAUCUACCCGCCCUGCGGCCGGCGCAAGAUCAUCCUCUCCGACGAGGGCAAGAUGUACGGACGAAAUGAGCUGAUAGCGCGAUACAUCAAGCUGCGGACGGGGAAGACGCGGACACGGAAGCAGGUCUCCAGUCACAUCCAGGUCCUGGCGCGACGGAAGGCCCGGGAGAUCCAGGUGAAGCUGAAGGACCAGGCAGCCAAAGACAAGGCCCUCCAGAGCAUGGCCAACAUGUCAUCUGCUCAGAUCAUCUCCCCCACUGCCUUUCAAAACAAGAUGGUGCUGCAGGGUCUCCCCCGGCCCAUGUACCCCUCGGCUGGCGGGUUUUGGCAUGGUGCUCUUCCGGGACAGCCUGCUGGUCCUGAAGACAUCAAGCCUUUUGCCCAACAGAGCUACGCCAUGCAGGCGUCCGGCCCUCCCACCAUAACAGGUUACGAAAGCACGGCAGGGCUGACCAUGUCCCCCAGCGCUCCACCCUGGCAGGGCCGCAGCAUCGCCAGCUCCAAACUCCGCAUGCUGGAGUUCUCUGCCUUCCUGGAGCAGCCGCAGGACUCAGAGACCUUCAACAAGCAUCUAUUUGUGCACAUCGGUCAGUCCAACCCCACCUUCAGCGACCCCUACCUGGAGGCUGUGGACAUCCGGCAGAUUUAUGACAAGUUCCCAGAGAAGAAGGGCGGCCUGAAGGAGUUGUUUGAGAAGGGACCUGUGAAUGCCUUCUUUCUUGUCAAGUUCUGGGCGGACCUAAGCAUCAAUCUCCAGGACGACAGCAACUACUUCUAUGGCGUGUCCAGCCAGUACGAGAGCUCUGACAACAUGAUCAUUACCUCCUCCACCAAGGUCUGCUCCUUUGGCAAGCAGGUGGUGGAGAAAGUCGAGACGGAGUAUGCACGCUUUGAGAAUGGCCGCUAUGUGUUUAGAAUUCAUCGCUCACCACUGUGCGAGUACAUGAUCAACUUUAUCCACAAGCUCAAACACCUCCCAGAAAAAUACAUGAUGAACAGUGUACUGGAGAACUUCACCAUCCUGCAGGUGGUGACAAACAGGGAUACACUGGAGACGCUGCUAUGCGUGGCUUACGUGUUUGAGGUGUCCACCAGUGAGCACGGGGCCCAGCAUCACAUUUACAGGCUGAUCAAAGAUUGAGAGUCGAGGAGGGAGGCCUCCCUAGAAUCUGUUACCACUACCGCAAAAAAAAACUACCACAACCGGUGAACCUCCAACCCAUCAACCACCAUAACCUCCCCUUUCUACACCAUACUCUCCUCCUCACCACUGGACUGCAAUUAAAUCCUGCUCAUCUCAAGUCGUCGGAGCCAAGCUAACACUGGGGCCCUCUCACUCUGUCCAGGCCAGGCCAGACAAUCCAGGGAAGAUGAGGCUGACAGACUGACGGAGAGACCGGUAGACGUGACGUGGACGUGGAUCCGUUUCGGUCACCUCAGAAGCAGAAGCUAGGUCUACCGCAUUGUCACUGUGUGGGGGAAAAAAAGAGACGUAACAGAUCCCCAUUUGGGUCUGUGUUUUUGUUUGUUUGUUUUUGUUUUUAUUUUUUACUGCCAGAGCCACACAUUGAGAUGUUGCAUGAUACUCCCCCCUUCUC